UCCGCGCGACACCCGGAUGUGCAGCCUGUCUCGCGGCAGUCGUCCUCCGCGGUUCCACGGAACUGGUAGCCGCGGGGUGGAGGGUUGGGCAGUGAGUGAGCGCGAUCGCCCGCGAGCCCGCAGAGUCAUCAUGUCCUCGGCGCGCGGACCUCGCUGCUCAGCCCGAUAGGAGGAUGGAGGACGACCUGGUGUCCGAGGACGACGUGUUGCUUCGGUCAGAGAAGGAAUUCCAUGAUGCAGCAAAAAGAAACGACACGGUUAAAAUGCUCGAGCUGAUGAAUAAAGGAGUGGACAUCAGAGCAAAGAAUAAAAUAGACAGGAAGGCGCUUCACUGGGCAGCAGGAAGGGGUAAUGAGCAGGCGCUCCGUCUACUGCUGGAACAUGACACUGAAGUGGAUGCCGAAGACAGUUUUGGUAUGAAUGCCCUGCUGCUGGCUGCCUGGUUUGGGCACCUCAAGAUUCUGCAGAUUUUAGUUGCAUCGGGAGCAAAGCUCAACUGUGAAAACAAGAAUGGGUUAAAUAUACUGCACUGUGCAGCCCUGAGAGGACACAUAAAGGUGAUAGAGUUUAUCAUGGAGGAUCUGGAGGAUGUGCGGCUCAACAGAGUUGACAAGUCCGGCAAGACAGCAUUGCAUCUGGCAGUUGACAAUGGACAGCUGGAAGUGGUGGAGUUCCUCAUUGGUUCUGGCUGUGACCAUGGGCUCAAGGACAGGGAGAUGAACACUGCACUGCAUUUAGCUGCAAAGCAGGGCAAUAUUGAGGUGCUGCAGAGGAUUGUGGAGACUGGAGUGGACCUAGAUGAGAAAAACAUUGAUGGAAUGACCGCCUUGCAUUUCUCUGCUGAUGGAAAUCACUAUGAGUGUGUUAAGCUGCUGCUGGAAUCCUGCUGUGAUAUCAACGCUCUCACAAAUAGGAAUAAGAAUGCCCUUCAUUUUGCAACCCAGCAUGGCAGUGAGCAACUGGCAAAGCUCCUGGUGCAAGCAGGAAUCAACACUGAUGCUGCCGACAGCCAGCAAGUCACCACGCUUCACAUUGCUGUGCUCAAGAACUACACAGAAAUAGUGAGGCUUCUCAUCGAUGCUGAGUGUGACCUGGACCUCGCUGACAGCAGGCAGCAAACAGCCUUGCACAUAGCAGCGGAGCACGGACGACAGGACGUCGCGGAAAAGAUUCUCAUUGCUGGGGUCAAUCUCCGCUUGCUUGAUAAGCAAGGGAAGACAUCUUUGGAUGUUGCAGCAAGAGGAAACCAUGUCAACCUGGUCGAUAUGAUUAUUAAAGCUGACAGGUUUUAUAAGUGGGAAAAGGACAAUUUGAACAGUGACUCAGACUCCUGCGUGGGGAGAAACCUGACCUUUAGGCAGGAUCACCGGUUAGAAACGCAGCAUAUCCGUUCUGUCCUGUGGAGACUGGCCACCAAGUACCUGAAGCCCAAUGAGUGGAAGAAGCUGGCCAAGCACUGGAGGUUCACCGAGGCACAUAUCCGAGCCAUAGAACAGCAGUGGACCGGUACUAAAAGCUACAAGGAGCACGGACACCGCAUGCUGCUGAUUUGGUUGCAUGGAGUAACAAUUGCAGGCAAGAAUCCAAUCAAAGGUUUAUAUGAGGGCCUCGUGGGCAUCUCUAGAAUAGAUUUAGCAGAAAGCAUAAGACAGAAGGCUAAUGCAGAUUCAAGUUCCCCAAAGAAAUGUAGCACAAUGUAAGUAAAGCAUUCCUAAAGACACAGCAGGUUCUUCACAACUUUUAACUGUUUACCAAGAAAAGGCUAUGCAGGCUCUCAGGUUCCAGCCUUCAUCCAAAAAAAAA